AUGGGCUCGCCCUCCCCGAAAGGAGAGACUAUUCUCAUCACUGGUCUAUCAGGAUUCGUGGCUUCCCAUAUCGCUCAUGCCUUCCUGGAAGCCGGAUAUCAUGUCCGCGGGACGGUUCGGUCUGAGAGAUCGAUUGCUGGCAUAAAGGAGGCUCACACAAAGCAUGCCGAUCAAUUGUCAUUCGCCGUCGUGCCCGACAUGGCCGCCACAGACGCUCUUAGCGAGGCGGUCGAGGGAGUGACAGGAAUCAUCCACACAGCGAAUCCCUUCAUUUUGAACCCAAAAAACAACGAGGAAGAGCUCUUGAAACCCUCAAUUGACGGGAUGUUGAACGUCUUAGAGGCAGCGGCCACACAGGGCUCAUCCCUGCGUCGUACCGUACUGACGGCUUCUUUUGCCUGUGUACUCGACCUCAGCAAAGGCCUUCGUCCAGGCUAUACGUAUACCGAGUCAGACUGGAACCCCGCCACCUAUGAAGAAGCCAAGAAUUCGUCCAAUGGUGGUUUCACAUAUUGUGCAGCAAAAGGUCUGGCAGAGAAGGCUGCUUGGGAAUGGAUAGAAAAGCACAAACCGUCUUUCUCUUUCACUUCCAUCAAUCCACCAUGGAUUUUCGGUCCUUCGCUGGGUGGAAUAAGGUCUCUGGAUCGUUUGAAUGAGUCGACGGAGGCAAUUUGGAAGCUCGUCAAUGGAUCCGCCAAAGAAGUUCCGCCCAUCGACUUUGCGGGCUUUGCAGAUGCGAGAGAUGUUGCCCUUGCCCAUCUGCGCGCCUAUGAAUUGGAAGAAGCUGGUGGCCAGCGAUUUAUUGUCGGAUCUCACUUCGACUAUCAGGCUGCAGUGGAUGCUCUCCGAGACGAUUUCCCCCAGAUCAAGGAGCGCAUACCACGAGGGGCUCCGGGCGCACGAGAACCAGUGUACCAGCUGGACGGGAGUAAGGCGGAGAAAGUCUUGGGCGUCAAGUACACCCCCAUCAGCGUCACCCUGAAAGAUACGGUGGAAGACCUGCUCAACGCGGAGAAGAUGUUGACGGCAUGA